AUGUUUUUGACUAGAAGCGAAUACGAUCGUGGUGUGAGCACUUUUUCGCCUGAAGGUCGUCUUUUCCAAGUUGAAUAUUCUUUGGAAGCCAUUAAAUUGGGGAGUACAGCGAUCGGUGUUGUUACAAAUGAAGGGAUUGUACUUGGAGUUGAGAAGCGUGUGACUUCUGCACUAUUAGAGAGUGAUUCCAUCGAGAAAAUAGUGGAAGUGGAUACGCAUAUCGGUUGUGCAAUGAGUGGGUUGACGGCAGAUGCAAGAUCUAUGCUUGAACAUGCUAGAGUCAACGCAGUGACACACGAUUUGUAUUACGAUGAAAAGAUUACUGUUGAAUCUUUGACGCAAUCGGUGUGUGAUCUUGCGUUAAGAUUUGGUGAGGGUGCUUCUGGUGAAGAAAGAUUGAUGUCUAGACCAUUCGGUGUGGCGUUAUUGAUCGGAGGGUACGAUCAAGAACAAGGGUUCCAAUUGUACCAUGCUGAGCCUUCAGGAACUUUCUAUCGUUAUAAUGCUAAGGCAAUCGGGUCAGGUUCUGAAGGUGCACAAUCAGAAUUACAAAACGAAUGGCAUUCAUCGCUUACUUUGAAAGAGGCGGAAUCGCUGGUGUUAAAGAUCUUAAAGCAAGUAAUGGAAGAGAAAUUAGAUGAAAAUAAUGCACAAUUGAGCAGUAUCACAAAAGAGGGAUUUCAAAUCUAUUCAGAUGAGAAAACUGCUGAAAUUAUAAAAGAGUUAAAGGAAAAGGAAAAGGAGGAGAAGCCUCCUGGGUCCGAACAUUCGGAUGUCGAAAUGGAGUGA